AUGGCAGCGACUGCAUCGCAGCUGAAGCUGAUCUACCUGGAUCACCACUACUGGCGUGCGGAGUGCGCGCGCCUGGCCCUCUUCAUGGCCGGAGUUCCCUUCGAGGAUGCUCGCAUGGGGUACGAGGGCAUGUAUGCGUCAGGGGCCCUGACCUUCGGAACCUUUCCGGCCCUGGUGGUGCCGGGAAAGGGCGUGCUGAACCAGACGCAAGCCAUUGCGCGGUAUGUGGGACAUCUCACUGGGAUGUACCCUAGCGACCCCUUCCUGGCUGCGAAGUGUGACGAAGCCAUCGAUGGCCUCACAGAUGUCUCAGACCUCGUCACCGAUACCAUGCAGGAGCGGGACCCAAAGCGAAAGAUGGCCUGGAGGGCGGCCCUGGUGGCCCCUGAUGGUCGCAUGACCAUGCUGUUGAAUGGCCUGGAAACGCUGCUGAAGCAGAACGGUGCCCGUCCAGUGCCGUACGUGGCAGGCAGUUCGCUAAGUGUGGCCGACCUCGCCAUCUGGAGGGCUGUGGGCUGGAUCUCCAGUGGGGUGAUCGACGGCAUAGCUCCCACGUACAUCCAGACUACCUUCCCGCUUCUGUGGGCUCUGCAUUGUGCGGUGGACCAGGAUCCCAAGGCGUGGACCCCAGUGUUCAAUUCUUUGCUGACUGUGGUCAUCUACAUAAGCAAAGAAAAGCACUGA